AUGGCCGAUGAAACAGAUCUCGCUAAUUUAAAAAGACGUCGUAGGUCUCUUAAGGGAUCAUGUACGCGCGUAAAAACGUACGUGGAUAGCAUCGCGUCCGUCACGCCCACGGUAGCCGCGCAAUUAGAGGAGCGUAAGAACAAGCUAGAACAGUUUUGGACUGAAUAUAACGAUGUACAAACACAAAUAGAAGAGUUAGAUGAGGCCGAAGAGAACGAUCGCGCGGGUUUCGAAGAAGCGUUCUUCGAAUUAUCAGCCAGAAUUCGAGCCUUAACAUUAUCUGCGCCUACGUCGCUCGUUAUCGAUACACCGCUGCCGACGGUAUCGGGCGCUUCCAAUUCGCAGUACGUGUCUGACAUUAAGCUGCCGAAACUAGAAUUGCCUAAAUUUUCAGGAAAAUAUGACGAGUGGUUCCCUUUUAGAGAUGCGUUCCGCUCGGCCAUACAUGAUUCGAAUCUGCGCGAUAUCAGUAAAUUGCGGUAUUUGAUGGGAUCAACCACCGGUGAGGCGUAUAACGUAAUAAGCUCGCUAGAAAUUGCAGACGAAAAUUACUCGGUUGCGUGGGAUUUAUUGAUAGAAAGAUACGAUAACAAACGUGUUAUAGUACAGAAUCACCUUAAAGCCAUUGUGGAGUUGCCCGUUAUGAACAAAGAAAAUAUAUCCGAGUUGCGUCAAAUCACGGACGGAGCAUCUCGUCAUAUUCAAGCGUUAAAAGCGUUAAAGCGUCCUACACAUAAUUGGGACGAUCUGUUGAUUUAUUUGCUUAGUUUUAAACUCGACGCGGUCACAAGCCGCGAAUGGCGAAGGUCACUGGUCGGCGAUGAACUACCCACAUUUAAACAAUUUUUAGAUUUCUUGUCACACCAAUGUCACAUUAUCGAGUCAACGCAGAAGCCGAGUAACGCCUCGGCAAAGAAUGUGAAUUCGCGAUCACAAGUAAACG